UAGUUUCCAAUUUUUCCGAUCAGUGCUGCAUGUACGUAGCGCAGAACUUCUCCAAAAUUUUCUGAGGGAAUUUCAUGUCAAGCAAACAUGUCUAAAAUAAAGGUUGGAAUCAUUGGCGGGACUGGAUUGGAUAAUCCUGAUAUAGUCCAAGAUCGAAAGGAGAAGACCGUUGUAACACCGUAUGGAAAGCCUUCGGAUGUACUGAUCACAGGGACGAUUGGUGGAGUGGAUUGCGUUUUGCUGGCAAGACAUGGAAGAGGCCACACAAUUCGUCCAACAGACGUUAAUUACAGAGCAAACGUUGCUGCCUUGAAGGAGGAAGGUUGUACCCAUCUGGUAGUCACUACAGCUUGUGGUUCCCUGCAGGAAGACAUCCACCCUGGUCAGAUAGUCAUCCUGGAUCAGUUUAUCGACCGUACCACCAAACGGGAACAGUCCUUCUACGACAACGCCGCCACGAGCCCAAAGGGAAUCUGCCAUAUCCCCAUGCACACUCCCUUCUGCGAAAAGACGCGGCAGGUGCUAAUCGAAUCAGUCAAGCACUUGGGUUACAAAUACCACCCGACAGGCACCAUGGUCACCAUCGAGGGGCCGCGAUUCUCCUCCCGCGCCGAGAGCAAACUCUUCAAGUCCUGGGGCGGUGACGUCAUCAACAUGACCACGGUGCCGGAGGUUGUUCUUGCCGCCGAGAUGGGGUUGUGUUACGGUGCCGUCGCCUUGCCCACAGACUACGACUCCUGGAGGGACGAAGGCAACGAACAUGUGAGUGUCGAGGUAGUGAUGACAACCUUCAAACAGAAUGCCGAGAAAGGCAAGAAGAUCUUGCAGGACGCCAUCCCGAGGUUGGCAAAGUAUGACUGGAAGCCUGUGCUGGAAGAAAGAGUGGUAACAGCCAAAGAAUCUGUGAUGGUGUGAUUCUACUGGAGGGUCUCUGACAAGACUUCAUCCCUAGGUCAAAGGUCGCUGAUGGUGUUGGGUAUGCUUAAACAUGUGCUGCAGAAAAUUAAUGUGGUAAUUGCGGGGAAAAAAACUGGAAAUAUCUCUUUUUCUUUUUUUUAUUAUUGUGAAAGGUUUGACUGUCUUGUUGCACCAUAAGAAUCCAUAAAUGGGCCAACCUAUGUUAAACCAUGCUGUUGGAUUGAACAUUUUAUUGGUUGACAAUAGUUUACUUGACAUACUGCCGGAUUUUGAUGCAAUGGAUUGACCAAUCAGGAUCGAGGAUUCAAGCAAACUUUGAAUCCUCGAUCCUGAUUGGUCAAUUCAUGGCAAAAAUGGUGUGGUAUUAUUCUGUAUACCACAGUCGUAUAGCUCUUUAUGCAUUGCACUAUUCUAAGAUAGCGAGUUUGCAUGCCGCCUGCACGUGUGUAAUAGGAUAACCCCUAAAAAGUACAGCAUGUGUGGCAUCUUUACUUUGCGUCAAGAAAAUAGCUGAGUUCGUCAAUUUUUACUUCUCAUAAACAACACUGUACAAAGCCUUUUGUAGUUUGGAAUUUCCCUGGUUUUUUUUCAUCUAAAUUCCCAGUUGCAUGUCUGAUGAAGGAGUGCAUUAACUCAUGCACUUUGGGUACCUCAGGUACAUCACCUUGUGUAUGUGUGUAUGUAAAGCCAAACCCACAAUUCUGUGUCUUGAUAAGCCGAAAUGAGCCUAGUUACAUGGCAUUCCCUAUUAUUGCUAUCUGGGUGUGCCCGACCAAAAGUACUUUACGCAUAGCAACUAAAGUACUAUUCGCAUAGCAACCAAAGUACUUUAUGCAACAGAUAGCAACCGAAGUACUAUACGCAUAACGAAAAGACCUUGUGUCUGAUUCUCAUCAUUAUUUAGUUUCUCAACUAUUAAACAAAGUCUAUCAAGGAAACCUAUAUUGUUUCAAGACAGAAUUUAUAAUUAACGUGUCUUUAAUAUUCAAUAGAAAUCUAUUUUUGCACACAGAGAAACCAAAGAGAAUGUUCAGGCGCAUAUAUUCAGUACAUUAACCCUAACCGAACUCAACCCAUCAAAGUUCAACAGCAGGUUUUGUUUAAAUCUGUUGGGAUAGGUACAGUACCCCUAAACUGAUGGUCUUUUACACUGUGGUUGGCAUACCUCCAGAAACUAAGUCCAACAGUGUACAAUUUCCCAUGUGGGUGUUGGAAUUUGCCAGAAUGGGUAUGGUUCCUAGUAAAUUAGGCUGGGGAGUUAGGGUUAAUGAGUUUCUAUAAACUUUAAUCCAUUUGAGGGAUAUUACAAGCAAUUUGUGGUAAAAAUAAAGAUAACUGAAAAUGUAACACUUCUCACUUGAGCCUCAGAAGCUAAGAUGGGACUUAUGAUUUCAGGACACAAAAAAAUGAGUGGUGGUGCCCAUAACAGCUUAGAUAAUGUUUCUCAAUGUUAGGUUUUGCCCUUCACCGACACAUUAACACUGUAUACUCAAGUGUGAUACCUCCCGUGUGAAAGUUGGAAAAAAAAUCACAGGGGUGGGACUCGAACCCACGACCUUCUGCUUUCUACUUGACUACCAUGCUUGUGGGAUCGGUUGGCUCGUUCAAACUCGCUGCUACACCAGAUUCGUACCAGCCAAUUGAAUCUUAUGAAUAGUUACAUUAUGUUUCUAUCAUGGUCAAUUAAAGAUUGGACUUGUCUGAAAUAUUUUAGCAUACUUUUAUGUCCACCUUUCUUAUUAAUAAUGAAGCAUUAUAACAUCUGUUUUCAGUAUUUAACCGUUUGCUGUAUUUGUUCAUUGUUUUCAUCCAUCUUUUUAUUUUGCCUGAUGUGGUCAUUCUAGUGUCACAGAUAGGCUGUGUUUCUAUAAGCACGAGUUGGAGACUGUUUGUACCAUCAAGACAUUACUGAUGCUAAAAUCAGUGAUCUAGGCAUCAGUCUGUUUGUGAAACAGUUUCAAGUCUUGGGCUUGAAUCAGUAAUAGUGUACAUAAGAAAUGAUAUAUCGUUAUUGCCUUUUAUCCUGAGGCAUGCAACUUUUCCUUGGAUCCGCUGUUUUCCUUGUUUGUUUUCCUCGUUUUUACUUCUCACGAAUGCCAUUACAAAUUUAAUUUUUUUUUGGAAUUUUCUCAUUUUUUUUUAAAUUCCCAGUUGCAUGCCUGUAUCCGUCAUUUAAUUACAGAAAUAAAAGUUGGGUUGAAAUGUAAUGUCUGUGACACCGGAAUUACCUGUCUGCAUUGCCGUUUGCUGUUACAUGUAUUUGUUUUAAGUGAUAAGAGCCUCACAGUCCGUUUAUACUAAUAGUCGAGGGAGAAUUUAUCAUGGAGUUCUUUAUAAAAAAAAAAUUGCUUGAGAUUUUUGCUUUUGCUUCAAGUUUGGAGUGGCUUUUUGAAGACUUAUACACAUUUCAGCAUUACAGUGUUUGUGUUCUGGUUUGGAUUCUGGUUUUUGCUGUUUAAAAGUAGUGUGUUUUUGGUGCCAAGCAGCCUGGUUUUGCAAGUAUUGUCUUAAAGUCUUUCUGAAUUAAAAAAGGGUUUGAAAAACCACUAUUACAGUAUAAUUUUCUUUCCAAAGUAUUUGAAAAAGAAAAAAUAUACAGUGUUAAAUAUGUUAUGAUUAGUUAAAGAUAGCAGCUUUUAAAGAUUUCUUUUACAUCAUCUGUCGAGAAACAAAACAAUUCCUCUGGACCAACAUGUAAAAAGAGCACAUGCAAAGAAUAGUAAAAUCUCAAUUGAUAACGUCACAAGUUGAUCAUAACUUUAAUGAAGUUGGCAUUCGGUUUAUAAAUAGUCUACCGCACACGCAUUAUGACUGUUACUUGUGUAAUAUGAAACACACAUAUUUACACUGAUGGAGGUACUACCAAAAAAAAUAUGGUUGUGGACUUUGCAUUUUAUGUACUCUAUUGUACCUAUGAGUAUAAUUAAGACUUUUCUUUAUGUAAAGACUUAUUCCAAAAAGUUAUUAUCUGGAAAUAAAAUGGGUUUAACCUAUUACUUAUUUUAAUCUCCGAGUCACAUUUACUGAAGAGUACACUUCUGUACAUUUUCUUUACUUUGGAUUGAGACUAAACUCGACCAGCGUUGAGUGAUGAGAAGAUUCUUUACAAAAUUUGAAUAAAAGUUGCACCUGUUCCUGUACUAGCUCCGCUACUCUGAGUAGCCACUGAUGUAUUCACUCUGUGUACAUAAUACAUGAUAUGUCGUUAUAGCAUAAUUUUAUCUUCAUUUAACUACAGAAAUAAAAGUUGGGUUGAAAUGCAAUUCCUGUGACACCAGAAUGUAUGUAUUUUACGUGAUAUAAGAGGUUCAUAGCCAUUUAGUCAAGGGAAAAUUUACCAUGGAGUUCUUUGUCAAAAAAAAUUGCUUGACAUUUUUGCUUUCGCUUCAGGUUUUUUGAGAGGCUUUUUGAAAAGUUUAUACACAUUUCAGCAUUAUAGUGCUUGUAUUCCGGUUUGGAUUCUGUUUUUUUUGCUGUUGUAAAGUAGUGUGUUUUGGGUGCCAAGCAGCCUGGUUUUGUAAGUAUUGUCUUAAAGUCUUUCUGGAUUAAAAAAAAGGGUUUGAAAAACCACUACUGAGAAUUUACAGUAACCCCUUCCAAAGUAUUUGACAAAUAAAAUAAACAGUGUUGAAAAUGUUAAGAUUA